AUGAGUGAAACCGCUAAUAGAAUUGUCGGACAAGAAAAUGGUGUCGAUGUUUAUCAAAAUGCUAUGGAAAAUUAUGAGGAAAAUGAGCCUGAUCUUUCUCAAGAAGAAUGUUGGGCAGUAAUUUCAGCCUUUUUUGAGUAUCGUGGAAUUGUAAGGCAGCAAUUGGCCUCCUAUGAUCACUUUGUAGACUAUGAUGUGCAUGAUGUUGUAGAGGCAAAUCGAGAAGUUAUUUUGCAGCAUGUUGAAGACCGAAAUGAUGUGGAAACUCAAAUU